UCCUCAUCUCUUUUUAUGCAGCUUACAGCCUGUCUUGGUAUUGGAAGAGAACUAAGCUAGAUCAUUCACUUUCUUUCACAGGAUCAUCUGAACAGUGUGUCACUUUCUGAUGGAUCCUUCCAACCCUGAGUAUUGUGAAUACUUCGAAGAAAUCCAUGGGAUUCCAAUAUAUAAAGAUUUUGCUAAAUAUUGGGAUAAUGUGGAAGCAUUCCAGGCAAGACCAGAUGAUAUUGUCAUUGCCACCUAUCCUAAAUCUGGUACCACCUGGGUCAGUGAAAUUGUAUACAUGAUCUAUAAGGAGGGUGAUGUGGCAAAGUGCAAAGAAGAAGCGAUUUUUGAUCGAGUACCUUACCUGGAAUGCAGAGACUGCGAUGACUUCUUAAAUGGAAUAAAAAAAUUAGAAGAGAUGGCAUCUCCUAGAAUAGUGAAGACUCAUCUGCCACCUGAACUUCUUCCAGUCUCAUUUUGGGAAAAGAACUGCAAGAUGAUCUGUGUUUGCCGGAAUCCAAAGGAUGUGGCUGUUUCUUUUUAUCAUUUUUUUCUAAUGGCAGCCGGUCAUCCAAAUCCUGGAUCUUUUCCAGAGUUUGUGGAGAACUUCAUGCAGGCACAAGUUCCUUAUGGUUCCUGGUAUAAACAUGUAAAAUCCUGGUGGGAAAAGAGAACUAAUCCACGUGUGUUAAUUCUUUUCUAUGAAGACAUGAAACAGGAUAUCAGAAAAGAGGUGAUGAAAUUGUUCCAGUUCCUCGAGAGGAAGCCAACAAAGGAGCUUAUGGACAAAAUUGCACAACAUACUUCAUUCCAGGAGAUGAAGGACAAUCCAUAUACCAAUUAUACAACACUACCAGAGGAAGUGAUGAACCAUAAAGUGUCGCCCUUCAUGAGAAAAGGGAUUAUAGGAGACUGGAAGAAUUACUUUACAGUGGCCCUGAAUGAAAGAUUUGAUAAACACUAUGAACAGCAAAUGAAGGGAUCUACAAUGAAGUUUAGAACUGAGAUUUAGAUAUGGCUUUCUUUUCUUAACAUAUCUAUGAUUAAAGAUGUCUUUUCAU